AGACACUCUUCUGAACUACUUGAACAAGAGAUAUUAAAAGCCUACUUGGAAGCAAAGAUAGAGCACGCACAAUUAGUUUCAAAUGCCUAUAAUACUUUCAUUCAGGCUGAUGUUGCUGUAGCUGCUCCGACCAAACCCAUGAAGAAAGGGAAGAGAGAAGCUGAGAAUGAAAUUGAGAAGUUAGUGAGUACAAAGAAGCAAAAGAAACAUUUGGCCGCAGCACAAGCUGCUGAGAAACAGAAGAGCGAUGCAAAGGCUCAGAAGAAGAAGAAGAAACAAGAAACCAGUUCCUGUGACGAUAGCUCUCAGCCAGAAGACGAGAAGCUUACUGAAACACUGACACCUCCUAAGAAAGUGACUCUUGCCAAGAAUGGAAAAUUAGCCAGCCGUUCGGAUGAUUCAGAUUCUUCAGGCGAGGAUGAAGCUCCUUCUAAGAAGGCUGUUGCAACUUCAAGUAAGAAUGGUGUUGCUGCUAAGAAGAAUGAUGAUUCGAGUGAUGAUUCGAGUUCUGAGGAAGAUAGCAGUUCUGAAGCCAAGAAACCUCCUGCUAAUGUCUCUGCUGCAGCUUCUAAGAAAGACGAGUCGAGUGAUGAGUCUA